AUGGCUACUUUUCAAAAUUCUUCGACAGAGUGGCUCGUUCCUUGCGAUUCCGAAAUCGGUAACGAGUCUUGUCCACGUCGACCCAACCUCCGUAGGACGGCAUGUAAGCAACUCAGUCUUGUAUUGAUCGUCUGCUGGUGGUUCUUGGGGACCAUCGGUGUCAGUUACACCUAUGCCCAGUACCGGAUCACCCGAGCGAAGCAUUUAUGUGGGCAGCUUCUCUACAGUCCAGCACAAGACGUAAUAGAAUAUCAAUUGCAGACCUUUACCCAAGGGUUUGGAGACGGUGUCACUGAAUAUUGGGGAGCCCCGUCAGAAGAAAUGGAUCAGCGUUGGGCUGAGCUUUGGCACUUCAGCGUAGGAGAAGCCAUUACGCGGGAUGAAGCGCAGCGCCUUUCCAACACAACCUCAACCCUUGGUCCCAGGCAUCCAGGUCUUUACUGGAUAAAGUUGGAUGUAUUUCAUCAGCUGCACUGCCUCAAUGCUCUUCGCAUGUCAGUAUGGCCGGAGUACUAUUCCGAUCCUUACUAUGCCGCCAUCCUCGAGAAGGACCAUUUAGCACAUUGCAUCGACUCCAUUAGGCAGUCGAUCAUGUGUCAUUCAGAUAUCACCCCAUUGGUUCUUCAAUGGGAUGACAACUUGCAAAAGAGUCGACACCGGGCUAAUUUGCCACACAGCUGUCGAAACUUUGACAAGAUUCGGGAAUGGGCGGUCAAGAGGGCCAUCGCGCAGAUGACGUACGACGGAGAUUGGACAGACCCUGAACUGCAAGUGGAUGGCAUGAAAAUCCAAGAACCAUAG